CCAAUGGGCAAAAACGAAAGACUUCAAUUCAGUUUGGCGAAGACAACGAACUCGAAAAGAGCUUGCGCGGACAACGGCGAAAAGAGGAGAGAAACGCUCACGUCUGCGUCUUACAAAACGCCAAAGAAAGACAAAACCACAUUCACCUGGCCAACUCACUCACUCUCGCUAUCUGUGAGAGACAAUCAUCUGAUUUGUUGGCCUUUUCUUUUGUGCCAUUUCAUCGCCGUCAUCCGAUCGUCAGCGGCCACAGAAGAAACGCCAGCAGCCGAUCUAACAAACGCCGAAUAUUUGCCACUCGGCUCCAAGAUUGGGGGCUAGCACCUACCGUGGGAGAUGUCUGCGAUGCGGCAUCGACCGAUGGCCCCUCCGGGCAACGGAGCCGGAGCGGGGGCUGCCGGAGAGCACGGCGAUAGCGAUGACAACAACUUCACCGACGAUGAGAGCUCGCCACUGACUCACGAUAUAUAUGGCGGCAGUCAACGCACCAUACAGGAGACAAAGGGAUGGGAUGUGUUCCGAGAUCCCCCAAUCAAGAUUGAGACUGGAUCCACGGCCAACCAGGAGUGCCUAGAAUUAACCAUCAAGAUCUUAAAGAUCUUCGCCUAUGUGAUUACCUUUAUAAUAGUUUUAACCGGUGGCGUCAUCGCCAAGGGCACAAUGCUCUUCAUGACCUCGCAAAUCCGCAAGGACAAAAAGAUGGAGUACUGUAACAAAGACUUGGGUCGCGACAAAAACUUCGUGGUGCGACUGCCGGAAGAGGAGCGUGUGGCCUGGAUCUGGGCCCUUCUUAUAGCCUAUGCCCUGCCCGAGAUCGGAGCCUUGAUCCGCUCUGCCCGUAUCUGCUUCUUCAAGACGUUCAAGGUGCCAAAAACGGGGCACUUCCUGUUCGCCUGGCUGAUGGAGAGUAUGAGUGCUGUGGGCACGGCCUUGCUGAUGUUCGUGGUGCUCCCCCAGAUCGAUGCGAUUCAGGGCGCCAUGUUGACCAACUGCCUGUGCGUGAUCCCUGGAAUCUUUGGCCUGCUCUCGCGCACCUCCAAAGAGGGCAAGCGAUUCGUGAAGGUUAUCAUCGACUUGGCAGCAGUGGCGGCCCAGGUAACCGGUCUGGUCAUCUGGCCACUGCUGGAGAAUCGUCGGGAGUUGUGGGUCAUCCCAGUAGCCUGUGUGAUGAUCUCCUGCGGCUGGUGGGAGAAUUACGUUUCCCCGCAAUCCCCACUGGGACUGGUGAGAGUUCUCGGAAGGAUCAAGGACGAGAUGCGCUACACACGAUACUUCUGUCACAUGUUCUUCUCCAUUUGGAAGAUCCUGCUCUUCUUUACUUUCACGCUUUUGAUAUACUGGGCGCAGGGUGAUGAGCCUGGCAACUUGUUCUCCAUGUACGGCGAUGCCUUUGGGCCGCAUAAGAUCAUCGUCUAUGAACUGCCUGCGGGACUCGGCGGUGUCCUGCCUGAUACCCUGGAAUCAGCAAACAUUGACACUGUGGAUGUGGAUGCCUCUUACAAUACCGUCGUGUAUGUCCUGCUCCUGCAGAUUUUUGGCGCCUAUCUGUGUUACAUUUUCGGCAAAUUCGCCUGCAAGAUCCUUAUCCAGGGCUUCAGCUAUGCCUUCCCAGUGAGUUUGACCGUGCCCCUGUCCGUGUCCUUCCUGAUCGCCGCUUGUGGAAUAAGGAUCGAUGAUCCCUGCUUCUUCCACGACACCAUACCUGACUAUCUGUUCUUCACGAGCCCCUCAAACUUCCGCUUCAAUAACUUUGUCACUGAGCAAAUGGCCUGGGCCUGGAUCCUGUGGCUCCUGAGUCAGACUUGGAUUGCCUUGCACAUCUGGACACCAAAAUGUGAGCGUUUGGCCACCACCGAGAAGUUGUUUGUGAGGCCCAUGUACUCCUCGCUUCUGAUCGAUCAGUCAAUGGCCCUAAACAGGAGGAGGGAUGAUCAAGCCGAUGUCAAAACCGAGGACCUCUCGGAAAUCGAAAAGGAAAAGGGCGAUGAGUACUAUGAGACCAUAUCGGUGCACACGGAUCGAUCUUCGGCGCCCAACAAGCCCUCCAUCAAGUCCUCGGACAACAUCACUCGUAUCUACUCCUGCGCCACCAUGUGGCAUGAAACCAAGGACGAAAUGAUAGAGUUCUUGAAGAGUAUCAUGCGAAUGGACGAGGAUCAGUGUGCCCGCCGUGUGGCUCAAAAGUACUUGCGAGUCCUCGACCCUGAUUACUACGAGUUUGAAACUCACAUUUUCUUUGACGAUGCUUUUGAAAUCUCGGAUCACAGCGACGAUGAUAUCCAGUGCAAUCGGUUCGUUAAGCUGCUGAUUGGCACCAUGGACGAGGCUGCUUCUGAAAUCCAUCAGACCACAAUCAGAUUACGGCCACCCAAGAAAUACCCCACUCCAUAUGGAGGUCGUCUCGUUUGGACCCUGCCCGGAAAGACCAAGUUUAUUACCCAUCUCAAGGACAAGGAUCGUAUUCGUCACAGGAAGCGCUGGUCUCAGGUGAUGUACAUGUACUACCUGUUGGGUCACCGUCUCAUGGAGCUGCCCAUUUCGGUAGACCGCAAGGAUGCCAUUGCUGAGAAUACCUACCUUUUGACCCUUGAUGGAGAUAUUGAUUUCAAGCCGAAUGCAGUGACCUUGUUGGUGGAUUUAAUGAAGAAGAACAAGAAUCUGGGUGCCGCCUGUGGACGUAUUCAUCCCGUGGGCUCCGGUCCCAUGGUGUGGUAUCAGCUUUUCGAGUACGCCAUUGGUCAUUGGCUGCAGAAGGCCACCGAGCAUAUGAUCGGCUGUGUGCUCUGUUCACCAGGAUGCUUCUCCCUGUUCAGAGGCAAAGCUCUCAUGGACGACAACGUGAUGAAGAAGUACACUACCAGAUCGGAUGAGGCUCGUCAUUACGUACAGUACGAUCAGGGCGAAGAUCGUUGGCUGUGCACGUUGCUCCUGCAGCGAGGAUAUCGCGUGGAGUACUCGGCUGCCAGUGAUGCCUACACCCACUGCCCCGAGGGCUUCAACGAGUUCUACAACCAGCGCCGCAGAUGGGUGCCAUCGACCAUUGCCAAUAUCAUGGAUCUUCUGGCGGAUGCCAAGCGAACGAUUAAAAUCAAUGACAACAUCUCUCUGCUCUACAUCUUCUACCAAAUGAUGUUGAUGGGUGGCACUAUCCUGGGACCUGGAACGAUCUUCCUCAUGUUGGUGGGUGCCUUUGUGGCUGCCUUCCGUAUCGACAACUGGACCUCCUUCCACUACAACAUCGUUCCUAUUCUGGCCUUCAUGUUCAUAUGUUUCACCUGCAAGUCAAAUAUCCAGCUAUUUGUGGCGCAAGUCUUAUCCACAGCCUAUGCGUUGAUUAUGAUGGCCGUGAUUGUGGGUACGGCCUUGCAGUUGGGCGAGGACGGUAUCGGUUCCCCAUCGGCCAUUUUCUUGAUAUCUAUGGUUGGCUCAUUCUUCAUAGCCGCAUGUUUGCAUCCGCAGGAGUUCUGGUGCAUAACAUGCGGCUUAAUCUAUCUCUUGUCCAUCCCGUCUAUGUACCUGCUGCUCAUUCUCUACUCGAUCAUCAACCUGAAUGUCGUAUCCUGGGGCACCCGCGAAGUGGUGGCCAAAAAGACCAAGAAGGAGCUGGAGGCGGAAAAAAAAGCCGCCGAGGAGGCCAAGAAGCGAGUGAAACAGAAGAGCAUGCUCAGCUUUCUGCAGAGCGGAAUUGGCGACAAUGGCGAUGAGGAGGGUUCCGUGGAGUUCUCCCUUGCCGGACUGUUCCGUUGUAUUUUCUGCACCCACGGCAAGACCUCCGACGAAAAGCAGCAGCUGACGAGCAUUGCUGAGUCUUUGGAUACCAUAAAACAGCGAAUGGACACCAUUGAAAGUGCAGUGGAUCCACACGGACAUCAUGCUACACGACAUGGUAGAAGGCGGACCACAUCCAGCGGAUCAAAGGAUCAUCACCUGCUCACCUCGGUGGCAGAAAAAUCUGGGGACGAGUCAGACGAAUCGGAUUCGGACACAUCGGCGGAACCGAAACAGGAGCGAGACUUCCUCACCAAUCCCUACUGGAUCGAAGACCCCGAUGUCCGCAAGGGCGAAGUUGACUUCCUGUCCAGUUCGGAGAUCCAGUUCUGGAAGGACCUCAUCGACCAGUAUCUUUAUCCCAUUGACAAUGAUCCCGUGGAACAGGCCCGUAUAGCUAAAGAUCUCAAGGAACUGCGCGACUCUUCGGUAUUUGCAUUCUUCAUGAUCAAUGCACUGUUUGUGCUGAUCGUGUUCCUGCUGCAGCUGAACAAGGACAACAUCCACGUCAAGUGGCCGUUUGGAGUUAGGACCAACAUCACCUACGACGAGAGCACCCAGGAGGUUCACAUCUCCAAGGAAUACCUGCAACUGGAACCCAUUGGUCUGGUCUUUGUGUUCUUCUUCGCUCUGAUUUUAAUCAUUCAGUUUACGGCCAUGUUGUUCCAUCGAUUCGGCACCAUAUCGCAUAUCCUGGCAUCCACCGAACUGAACUUUUGCAAGAAAAAAUCGGAGGACCUAACCCAGGAUCAACUAAUAGAUAAGCAUGCUGUUGAGAUAGUAAAGAAUCUUCAGCGGCUCCAAGGCAUAGACGGAGACUAUGACAAUGACUCAGGUUCUGGACCAGAUCGCAUAGCCCGGCGAAAGACGAUUCAAAAUCUGGAGAAGGCCCGUCAGCCACGUCGUCAGAUAGGCACCCUUGACGUGGCAUUUAAGAAACGUUUCCUGAAACUUACUGCUGAUGCUGAGAAUAAUCCUGCCACGCCCAUUCUCACACGUCGCCUUACAAUGAGGGCAGAGACUAUCCGAGCGCUGGAAGUGCGCAAGAAUUCCGUAAUGGCUGAACGUCGCAAGUCCGCCAUGCAAACCCUGGGUGCCAAAAACGAAUACGGGAUUACCACUGGGGCUCCGAUAAAUAACAACGGAAACCUGCCCAAUCAAAGGAGUGGACGUAUUUCGAAUGCUGGCAUCAGCAUUAAGGAUGUUUUCAAUGUAAACGGAGGUCCUGGAGAGCAAAUUUAUGGCUCGAAUGGCGGUGGCACCAUCAACCAGGGCUACGAGCAUGUCAUCGACGAGGAUGGCGAUGGCAACUCCCUGCGGCUGACCACCCGGAAUCCGCAUCCCCACCCACAUCCACAGGUCUCGUGGGGCCAGAACACCAACCCCGGAAACAGCUCCGGACGCCUGUGAAUACACCACAUCCUAGACUUAUGCUAAGCUAGAGCUAGACAUCUUGUUAACGAAUUCCGCCUCUUUCCAUAAACUGCCUAAUAUAAGACUAAGCCGGACCUAGAGUUGUAGUCAGGAUAGAUAGAGUUGUACAAUGUACAUAUAUGAGUAGAAGGACACGACAAUAGGGAUUCGGGACAUUGCCGAAUCCUGGUCGACACAACGAACAUUAUGCUUAGCUAAUCACACUGCCAGUGACGAUGUGUGCGUGUGCGUGGGUGUACUUCCCGCGGUGGCAACAACAUUCAUACUAUGUACUAUACUAUAUCAUUUGUUAGGUUACCUUUAAGUCAAUCCCAGGCUGAAUCCAUCUGGAUACGCCACGACCAGUGCAUGCUGACACAAAAUACUCAACGCGUAGCUGAUUCGGAAGUGCAGCAAAGAAUUACCUAUUUAUAUAAAAUAUUAAACGUAAUGAAAAUAGUUCUUUUAUAAUAAUUUGAAAACCUUUGAUGCG